AUGCACUCUUUCAACCUUUGCCUGAUGAUCGCCACCGCAACCUCUUUGGUGUGCGGAUCGCCUCUCCUGGAAUACGGAGCCCCGCCAGCGGGCGACAGCGUGAGCCAGUACCACACGCAGGACGAGCACGGCCAGUAUGCCUAUGGGUAUAUGGCGCCGCUGUACUCCAAGCACGAGACCCGCACUGCGGACGGAGUCACGCGCGGCACCUUCUCUUACGUGGAUGCCAGGGGCGUGACCCAGACCGUGGACUAUGUGGCAGAUACAGAGGGCUUCCGCGUCAGCUCCAGCCUCAGCCAGCAGCAGGCCAACGAGGAGACCCCCGAGGUGGCUGCUCUGAGGGCCCAGCACCUGGCUGCCCAUGCGCAGGCCAAGCUGCGUCUUGCUGGGGGGGAUUCAUAUGCUGGCUCUGUGGAGCUGCCUCAGCCCGUGCAGGAUACACCCGAGGUGGCCGCCGCCAAGGUGGCCUUCUUCAAGCGAUUCGAGGCCGAGAAGCUGCGCAAUCAACUGCUCAGCGAGAAGCAGAUCAAUCGAGUGAUCGCCCCAUCGAUCCCUGUUAGAUCCCAGCCGCUGUACGUCUAUCAGCCACUCACUGGAUUUGUCUACAACUACCACCAGUCCAAGUCCAAGGCUCAGGCUAAGACUCAGACUCCCUCGAGGGACUACCUUCCAGUGGUCUGA